GUCAUCGCUUUUCUUCCACAUCUAAAGUAAACUGCGAUUUUUCCCCGUGUUCUAACGUGUUAAAAUCCCGAAUUUUUUGUUAAGUGAACAUGUAAAACUAACGCGGUUUGUUUGGUGGAAUCAAAAACUUAAGAUUCCAGCUGUUCAAGGGCCUCUUAGUUCGAGAAAAGGUGUCGAAAGGCUGCUUCUGUGAGAGUGCUAGUGUUAGUGCCGGCAGUCUCUCAGCGGCGACGGCGUUUUGUGACGUCAAGAGCAGAGACGUCCUUCGCUGGCAGAAUCACACAAAAGCACAGAGAGAAACUCCCACCAAGAGAAUACUCCCCAUCAACAACAACAAAUUCAAAGAGAGAGAGAGAGAGUUCUUAUAAUCCUUGUGGAACCGCAUGUGUGUGUUUUAAGGCAGCUGCACAACUACAACUGCAACUACACGAGCAAUAACAACACCAACAAUAAUAACUGGAAUACGGCCAUAAAGCAACAAAAAUGGAACAGCCGAGCAUUCUCGUCAAAAUCCUGCACUCUAUUCCGCACGUGAAUUACACAUUCCGUCGGGUUAACGACACUUUCAAUCCGGACAGCGAUGUUUACCUCGAGAGUCUGGGUAUUCUGGCGUCCAUUCCCGCCGGUCUAUUGAUAGUAUCUCUGCUGGGUCUGCUGUUGUACCUGUUGACCAGGUGCUGCGAUCGUCGCCAGAGAAAGCCGACUGCCCAGCGUUGCCAGAGCUGUUCGCUGGUCAUCAUUACGCUGAUGACCUGUGCUGCCAUCGGAUUGGGCUUGUACGGCAACGAUGACUUCCACAAUGGCCUCCUUCAGGCCUUUGGAUCCGGGAAAAGCGUUGAGGGUCUGGUGCUCACCCUAAAAAGACAGACGGAGAGCAUUAAGCACGACUUGGAGACGCGGAUGGCCGGACACAGGGUGGAUCAGUUGGUAGAGAAGCCACAAUAUAACCAGACGGUAGUCAUGCUACUCAUCGAGACGUCGCGCCUGGUCACGGAGAACACCUCGCGGGCAGUCGCCUCACUGGACAGCAUGGUCCACUACUUCAUUAAGACCAAGGGCAGCGAGAACGACACCUCGCUGAUGGGUUUACUGCAGAUCGGCGAGUUCUACGAAUCGAUUCGUUGGCCAGCUACCUUGGCCUUUCUCACUGUGCUCCUGCUGCUCUGUACGGUUUUAGUGAUUGGCGUGGCCAGAAGAUCCCGCUGCACCCUGAUCUUCUUCAGCGUUUCUGGUCUGUUCUGCAUUAUUAUCUGCUGGCUGUUGACGGGCGUUUACCUGGCCUCCAGUGUGGCUGCCGGGGAUUUCUGUAUGCGACCGCACGACUACAUGUGCCGUCAGGUUGGCAUGCGGAGUCCUUAUGUUGAUUUUCUCAACUGCGGUACGCCGCGCAAUCGGUUCAUUCUACGCCUUAAUGAAUCACGGGACCUGGUGGAUCGUGCCAGAGAAAGUGUGGAGCAAAUGCAACGGAUGAGCCAGGACACGUAUCCGCACAUCGACAUCCAGCGCACCCUGAAUGCCAUGGACAAUGCUCUGGAGAACACUCUGCGUAACCUGACGACACUAUCGGCCACUCUGGAGCGCCGUUCCAUUGACAUGCACUACGAGGAGGCACUCCGCGGACUCUGCGGCGGCGGGUUACUGGGACUGAGUCUGAUGAUGGUGGCAGGACUGCUGACAUCCUUCCUGCUGACGAUCCUGGUAUACGCCGACUCGCACGCCUGGAUCUAUCUGACGAAGCGGCCAACACUGGAUGCCGAUAAAUCGGAAACGGCGCCGCUGUUCUCUGCUUCGAAUGCGCCGAGCGCUAGCAUUUCGCCAACAGCUCCGAUGAGCACGGGGACGAUCAACAGGACGCUGCUGCAUCAUCAGCAAGCAACGGCUGGCGGCGGAUCGGGCACUUUGCCGGGAUCUGGAGGCGUCGGAGGAACAGGAGGAGGCGUUAGUGCCAAUGGGCACAACGGCAUGGGACCCUACCGCAAUGGAACGGCCGGCCUGAGACAAGGGUUGGCAUCACCUUCUUCUCAAUCAAGCCACACUUCAUCCACUGCCACCUACAACAACCACAACAACGGCACCACCGGCUACAACAACAGCCACCAAUACCACAACAACCACCUGUACAGCAACCACCACCACUACAACCACAGCAACAACACACAGCAUAGAACUAACUUGACGGCGGGGGCGGUGGCAGCGGCGGUGGGCGUGGCCAGCAGCGGUCAGCGAUCGCCGUCGCCGCCGCCCGGCUACGAUUUGGUGCAUGGCACAAGGUCAGGUCACCACACGCUAGGUCGCCUACCAUCGCACCACCAGCAGUCGGCAACGUAUCUACCGGGGCCCAACAAUGGAAAGUACGCGACGCUCAGCAAGCAGUGUAAGACGCUCGAGUCGAACGACUUCUACUGAGAUUCGCUUGCCUGCAGUUCCCAUGCAGGCAGUAGCAGCAACACAGCACAGCAGCAGCAGCAUUUGCAGCUCCAGCAGCAGCAGAGCAGCCUCAUCAAUCAGAACCAGAGUCAGAGUCAAAACACGCUAAAGAACAUCUUCGCAUCGGCCACCCUGCCCCGCUCUACGGGCAGUUCCAUCCGGUCUGUGCUUUCUGUGCAGACCUCCAAUGCGGGCAUAUGCCGCUCCACGGGCAAUGGUUUAGACAGUGACCAGGUGGACGAUCGUGAUCCUAGGGAUGUAACCAACAACAGCUUCAAUCGCUUCGAUCCCAAGUACAUCAGCAUUGGCCCCAAGGCGGCUAGGGGUCAGAACAAUAAUCUCAACAUUAUGUCCGCUGCCGGCACGGGCAAUAAAUGUGCCACCCUGCGGCAUGUGGGUCGCUAUGGUGGCUCGCUCAAAGGUGUGUCCGCCGUCAAUGCCGCGCCCUCGCUCGCCGCCGCCCCAGCUGUCCAUUCGCCGAACUUGAGAACCGCAAAAACGCCAUCGAUAGCGACCGUUUCAAAGGAUUACUGCCAGCAGCCGGACUGCAUUCCGCAGGAGUUCCUCAUCCAGCAGCAGCAACAGCAACUCCAGCAGCAGCAGCAACAGCAGCAGCUACAACUGCAACAACAACAACAACAACAGCAGCAGCAGCAGCAGCAGCAACAACAACAGCAGCAGCAGAUGGUGUCACCUGCUCCGCCACAACCUGCCCCUCCACCUCCGCCCAAACCAAAGAUAGUCAAUACGUUUACAGAAAUUCCCGGCACCACGGGCGUGGGCAGCUCGUAUGCCAAAGAGCAACAGCAGCAGCAGCAAUUGUUGGCCCUGCAACAGCAACAGCAACAGCAGCUGCUGGCCCUCCAGCAGCAAAGGGAGCGAGAGUUACAGCAGCAGCAACAAAGGGAAUUGCAUCCACCCACCACUCACAUACUACCCGCUUCGGCUGUAUACAGCAUCGAGAGCAGUGAGGUGUUGCCCACGGCCGCACCGCGUGUGCAGCAGCGUUCUCUAAAUCCCGCCUCUAUUGUUAAUCAGCCGCUGCCCGAGAUUCCCACCAAUCAACAGCAGUCAAAGAUUUCCGCUCAGCCGCUUUGCGCCGCCAGUUUAGGGCAGUACCGCUCGUUGCAGCGUCCCCAAACACAGAAACUGCAAUCGGUGGCAAUCUCCUCGCCACAGCAACCACCAACUCUGCCACCCAAGAACAGGCACAAAAACAGCAAUCGUGGUGGAGCCGUCGACAGCAGCAAUGCCAACCACAUGCAGACAUUGCCGCCGAAAUCGGCAAGCUUAAGGCAGCAGCAGGAACGAGAAAGAGAACGUGAACGGGAAAGGGAGCGCCCUCGGCGAGCGGAGACCUUGGACAAUGCCCGCAGCUAUAUAGAACAACAGCAGCAGUAUCCCAGCCACCUGAUAUCCAGCAGCAACAUAAAGAAGCAACACUCCUAUGACAGCAGCUACCAUCAACAACAGCAGCAGCAGCAGCAACAGCAACAACAACAGGCCUUCUACCAAAGACAGCAUAACAACAACUUCUCCACGAAGCAGCAGCAACAGGCUAUGCUAGAACAGCAUCAUCAACAGCAGGCUCUGUUCUAUAGAUCCCUAAAGCGAGGAGAACGGGGAGCAGCUGGCAGCGGAGGAGUCACCGGUGGAGGAGCUGCCAUUAGCAACCACAGCGAUUUAUACUCGGUGACGGAGUUGUAGGAGUGCGCCUGCUGCGGCGGCGGUGUGGAUGUAGUGCGCCGAGGCGCCUCAUCCACAUCGCUGCACGCGGCGGCGGCCACACAAACUCAAACCCACAACCAAAACCAAACGCAAUCGCAGAAUCAGGCGCCUGUUCCCCUGCCACCCAAGAAGCAUCGCCAGCGGGAGAGAGAGCGGAACCUUGAGCGGGAACAGUCGGCACCCUGCAAUGCCAAUUUGUGCGAGGAGCACGAAUACGAUGAGUACUACCCUCAGGUUCAUGAAAUGCAGGCGGCUGCAGGAGGAACCGGAGGAGCAUCCGGAGGAGGAGCACCUUCUAGCUCUGGAUCCAAGCAUGGCAAGCAAAGUCAGCAAAGAGCAGCCACUUUUGAUGUGGCCGAUGCCAGGGAUUACGAACUGAAGCGUUUGGGCAACCGGAGAUCGCAGCAGCAGGCGGCUCCAAGCAAAAGAAAUGGGGGAGGAGCUGGAGCUGGAGCUGUUAGCCAGGAUCACCACCGCAGCCACGAUCGGGAGCGGUCGCGCAGCGACCAUCGCAUUGCCAGCUAUGCCUGUGAGGAGGUCAACUCCUCGGCGCUUUGCAGCGCCGGCUCUAUGAGCUCCAUGCUGCAGCCAGCCAAUGGAACUGGCCACAGGAGCAACAGCCACCAGUACCAGCGUGAUCACCAUCAGCGCGAUCAACAGUUGCAACAACAACAGCAACAGCAACAGCGGGAGCGGCGCGAGAAGACUUUCAAGGUAUGAUUUUUAGAGACGUCAUAAGAAUUGUCCAAUCCGCGCCAGGACAGCAGAAACGGCAGCUCCAGGCGGCGGACGCGUUGAGGGAUAAAUGGAAAGCGAACGUGGCGGAUUCUACAGCGUUUACAAGGAGGUAAACCCCCCGAAAUUGAGGAGGUAUCUAGGAAAACUGAGAAUGGGAGUGACACCAUCGUUGGAGCAUUAUAAUUCGGAGACCCUUGCCUGUGUUUAUGUUUAGCUUAAGUCGCGUAUACUUUAUCUCUGCCCCUGUCUAUCAGUGCCCUGUCCCUUUCACACGUGAGGAUUCCCACUCGUAUAUGAUUGAUUCAAAACUGCAAAUGCUGCUCAAAAGGUGCUGAAAUGUCAAGGGUAGUGGUCGAAAUAAUAGUACCCUAUACUUUCCAAUCGACUUUCUUUUUAUACGAAAUCUAGUAGCUUUGUGGUUGUAAGAUAUACAUUUUAUAGAUGCCAUUUAUAAUAGGAAACUUUUACAAUCCCAAUCUUGAUGAUUAUUGAUUAAUUAUAAUUUUUUAAAAUUGUAUAGCUUUUAAAGUCCAAUCGAUGUUUAGAACCUUUUCCAAAAACUGCCACUAUUAUUUUGACCUCUGCUGUACAUACAGCCGUGUACACCUUAAAACUACAACAGUUCUCUGUUCUGUGUUGUUGCCUAUUGUUAUAUAUAAAGAAAUAACUACCAUUAUCCAUAACGAAUACUUUUUUUGUGACCACUAUUAAAACGUGUAUAUUUUAAACCUAAAUUAAGUCAAUUUAGUUUUAAGCGCAAAACUAUUUAUUUACGACGUAUUGUAGGAUUUGACCCAAAAAAAGACAAAACGGGGGAAAGCGAAGAGACAAUCGGCAAGCUAGUGAUUGUUCUUCAACAUUCUUAAACAAGACUUCGUUAUAAUAUUCUCGAGAAUCAAAUUCUGUCUCUGUUUCUCGCUUUUCGUCGUCAAAAGAACUUAUAAUUUUCAAAAACCGUGUGUUUUUUCUUUAGUUUUUAACGACCUCUUUUUGGAUAAGCGAUUUUUGCUGCAUAUAAAUUUUUUUUUUUUUUUUUUGAGAAUCCGUUGCGAGAACCGACAACAACAACCACAGCGAACGUACGUAAAAUUUUUGUGACGUCAGAAAUCUAAAAGAAACAAAACAAACUAAGAAACACAGGAGCAACAACAAAGCACAAGACAACAAAACACAACACACAAACGAAAACAAGCGAAACACUUCACAAAAUACCACAUAUUAUACACAUAUAUUUAAAGGUUUAACAUUUUAAACAAGCAGACAAGAACAAAAAUGAAAACGUCUUAACUCAAGCAAUAUGAAGAAAAGAUAACGAAAAUAAGCCAUACCAAGUUGUUCAACUAUUUUAAAAACGAAUUCAGAAAGCAAAUUGCUAAAUAAGUAAAAUAGACAUAAACAUACAUUAUAUACUUACAUACUUAUUAUAAAGCAAGCGUAAGGAAUAUUAAUUAAUCGACAACAACAACCACAAACAAUGUUCAGGUCAAUAACUGCAUUUAAGAGGAGAGAAUAAAAGGAACCCCUCGUUAGGCGUUUAAUUAAUCGAAAUGUUUUUAUAUACAAUUGCAAUUACCAAAUAUAUAAAUCCAAAAAGACACCAUUAAACAUAAAAUUUAACAAAAAAAAAACAACUCACAGAAGCCGUUGGCACAGCGUGAAACAUUUUAUAAAACUAACAUAAAUUUACUACUCAAAAUACUUGACACAUACGCGAGCAGUUGUGGCCAAAAUAAUUGUAGUGCCAUUGGAAAAUCAAAAAGUUUACAAAAUGUAGUCUGCCCUUUAUAGUUUUAUGUACACUUUACAAAUUUAUUUCAAGUCGAAAUUUAAAUAAUAAUCGCUUCAGAAGAAGCACUACCAUGAUAUAUAUAUUUUUUACUAUCACUAAUUUAAAUUAAAAACGAAAUUAAAUUCUAUUGAAUCAUUUUAAACCUCCUGUCGAAAGCCAUCUUUGUUCUCCUGUGCAGUUAAGCGCACCAAGGCCACACGUUUAUUUUGACAACAGCUGGUCACACAAGCAAAUUGAAAACCGCAAGUAAGGGAAAUCAAGCAACAAAUAAAUAUUCACAAUUUAAUCUCUCUGCUGUGCAGAUGCAAAUAAAACACGGAAUAAAACCACUUCAACCAUGUUGAAAAAUGUUGCAACACGCA